AUGUCACGGAUCACAAAAAGUCAGACUAUAGCUUCUGUUUUACUGGAUUGCUUGGCUGAAUGGAGAAUUGAGAGGGUUUUUUGUGUUACCGUUGACAAUGAAACUGCAAAUACAUCAGCAUUAAGGAAGUUUCAUAGUGCAUUUUCAUUAGUUUCUGAUCAGUCUCUAGUUUUAGAUGGUGAGUUCUUGCAUAUGAGAUGUAGUGCUCAUAUAAUAAAUCUGAUUGUGAGGGAUGGAAUGGCUGAAAUAGAUCAGAAUGUCACGGCUAUCCGAAAUGCUAUCUCGUAUGUUAGAUCACAUACAAAUAGGUUGAGUUCUUUUGAGCUUAAGGUUGAGACGGGUAAGAUAUCAAGAGGAAGCUUGCCUUUGGAUGUCAAGACAAGAUGGAAUUCAACAUACCUGAUGUUGACAACAGCUCAGAAGUUCAAGGUGGCAUUCAACAAGAUAGUGGCAGAAGACAAGCUGUACAACGACUAUUUCUGUGAGAUUGAAGCUGGUGCUAAAAGGAUUGGUCCUCCUGAUCAUAGCGAUUGGAAUGCAGUUGAUAAAUUGUGCAGGUUUCUUGUGAUAUUUUACAACUCAACCUUGGUGGUAUCAGCUUCAACUUCUCUUAAUUCCCACAAGUGUUAUGAAGAGGUGGUCACCAUUGCAACAAAUCUGAUGGCACUCGUCAACAGCUAUGAUCCUGAGUUGAAGUCCAAGGCAACAGAAAUGUUUAAAAAAUUUGAUAAGUAUUGGGAUGGUCUCAAGAAUUUGAACAAGAUGUUGAUGGUUGCUACUGUCUUUGAUCCAAGCAAGAAGUUAGAGCUUGUGAAGUUGUGCUUUGAGGAAUUGUAUGGAAAUGACACUGUCGAGUAUAAGGAGAUGUACGACUCCUUGCUCAAUGUCUUGAGAAGUUUGUUCAAGGAAUACAAUACAAGAUUAGGAGGUGAUACUGAUCCAGAUGACCAAUCAUCUCAGCGUAACAAAACAUCACAGUCUUCUCGAGAGAAGUCUAUUGAAAGAAUGGAGAUAGUUGAUGAUUGUGCUGGCUACAAGCGGAUUGGUGUUAGGUACAAACAGAAGCUGAAGGAGAUUGGAGUUAGAGAGAAAAAGGAUGAGUUAGAAACUUACCUCAGAGAAAGUGUGGAAAACUCGGAGUUGAUGGCUGGAAUGGAGUAUGACAUUCUGUCAUAUUGGAGAUCGAAUGCAGCCAGAUUCCCAGUGUUAUCAGAGAUUGCUCAAGAUGUUUUGGCAAUGCAGUGGAUGAAACAAGAUCUGAAGAUAGAGUCAAGACUGCCAUCAAAUGCAAAAAUUCUUGAAGAACUUGAGGAGGAUGACAAGCUUGAAAGAGAGAAUGGAGAUGCAUCAACAGUCUUGGAGUAA